GUAAAAUCCGCUCCCUCCCUCCCUCCCCCUCCUCCUCUUUUCCUGGAGGGAAGGGAGCGAAGUGAUGGAUUAAAGGAUGCGCCUCCUUUCCGAUUAAUGGAAAAGCGGCGGCGGCGGCUGCUGCGGCGGCGACGACGCCGAGUGGGAAAGCAGGUGGCUGAGAAGCCAUUGUCGCCGCCCCUCCGCAAGUCCUCGGUUGGAAAAGUGGGUCUCUUCAACCGCUGCAGCAGCAGCUAUGGCGACCGAUACCCACGCGACACGUUGGGAUCAUCUGCAUUCCCUCCCCACACUUCUGCCUCCCAUCUACUGCUGAUGCCGCCAUGUGAAGACAAGACUCCCACGGCUACCCACCUGUUUUGGCCCACCGACUCUCAUCUUUCCUGCAUCCCGGGUGAUGCGUCAGAAUUGUGUGCUCCCCCACCACCUCUGCCUCCACCUGCUGCUUGGACAGCUACUCAACUCAUCUGUGCUGCACAGGCUGCGGCUGCUGCCAGACACUGUUGGCCCCUGCGCCCUUGCUGCUUCCGGUGCUGGCCACACCCCCACUGAUGAUGAUGAUGAUGAUGACCUUAACUAGGGCUUAUUUUUGGGGUAGGGCUUAUAUUAGGAGCAUGCUAAAAUCAGGGCUUCUUUUCGGGGUAGGCCUUAUUUUAGGGUAGUAUAGGGUAGUAUAGUAUAGGUAGUAUAGGUAGUUUAGGGUAGUAUUUUGUCUGUCUAUGGAAAAAACAGAAAAAGGACAAUAGAAAAAGGAGGCUAAGGAGAGAUAAAGAGCGAUCCAUUUUUGAAUUUGGUUCCAUAGCUUCCAAAUUCCAUAGAAUUUGGUUCCACUACAGCUUCCAGAGUUGUGAUGUAACAGCCAGUUAUUUUCCUAUUGGGAAACUUUCCUGUUUAAAACAGCCAAGCUUCUGUUGUAUCAAAAUAAUUCAGCUAAUGGCUAAUGGCUAAGAAGUCUCAGAGAAAGGGAAAAGAGGUUCUGGCAUUUUAGCGAACUGGGGGGAAAUAUAAUUUUCCUUAAGGAAAUGUACAUAUUAGAUAUUUUUUAAAAAAUAAUAUAUUUUUUUUCUGUUCAAUUGGGUCUAAUUCUUGGAGACUGCCUGGACAAGUUGAAGUUUUCUUGGCAAGGUUUUUCAGAAGUGGUUGGAAGUCUCAAAUAGAUGAUUUCAUAUUGGGCCACUAGAGUUACUCCUGAAGCAAUUGGGUUCCUCUCUGCUGUUGGGGUCUUUAUAGUUCUCCUUGCAGUCCUCUCCCUCUUCAUCAACAAGAAGCUCUGUUUUGAAAAGAUUGGAGGUCUUCCCUGCUUGGAGCAACAAGGGAAGCACAAGCACUACAAAGAAAAAUCUGGGGUUCGGGAGGGUCUUGCUCACAGAGCACUGAAUCUGAUACGCUGGCAAAGAGGAACAGCUGGAAUUUAUGACCAUCACAGGUUUUGCUCAUUAAUAUAUAAAAGUAUGGCUUCAGAGGAUGUCUUAAGCUUCUUCCAGCCUUUUUCCUCCUGGAUAUCUCGAGUCUAUGAGGCUUUCCAGCAAGCAGGAGAAUCCUUAUCUUCUUCGUUGAAUAAUCUGGGAAGCAAACCAGAUCAAAAUGGAUUUGAUGGGGAAGAUGAGGAUUUAGAAGACAGUGAUGGGCUUUAUGAACGCUACUCUGUAGGUUCUGAUGAUGACAGUAUUUCAAGUCAGGAGAGUGAGAAAUCUCAUCAAUCUUCAUCAUCCUGUCAAGAUCUUGCUUCACCUGAAUCUUCAGAUCUUGAUUUGAUUUGGCCUGAGCAGGAAGGAACCACCCCCCACACCUCGGAGGAAUACUUUGAGGAUGCCUCCCACGGAGUCUACCAAAGUUACAAGAGUUAUCAAGCUAUGGAAGCUCUCCCCACUAUCCCUGAGGAGGAGGAACAUCUCCACUCCAAGCAAAUUAAGAACCUUUCAUGUAGCUGGGAUGUGAACAGUUAUGGGGAUGAUGAAGAUCUAACAACAUCCUCAGACAGUGAUGAAGAGGUGAUUAAACAGUUUGAGAUCUCAGUUUCUCGUUCGCAGAGCUUUCGAUCAGGAGUUUCUGAAAAAGGAAUCCAAGCAGGUUUGGAGCACAGGCCAAAAUUUAACAGCUUGUUGUCAAAUCAUGAAGAAUACAGUACUGAGGCCUCUGAAAGUGAAGAUUUAGAUGGGUUCAGCCACCUGAGUUACCAGGACAACCUGUCUUCUCAUGAAGAUGACCUUCUAUCCAUCAGUUCGAGAGUGGUGGAGAGCAGGGGCUCUGGGCAGCCAAAAGACUCUGAGGUGGAUGUUAGUGCCACACUCAGCCUCAGCCGACAAGAAACCGAAGGGAGUUUGGAAAUGGAAACAGCUUUCAGCAACCAAGGAUUUGAAGGGAAUGAUGAAACUGACAGCUCAUCGGCUUGGAGUCCAGAGGAACAUGAAGAAGCAAGUGUUCUUCCAGCUCAUACUAGUGCCUAUGAGCCAAUUUCAAGAUGUGGUGACUUAGAUGUCAUCUUUGAUUACAAACCAUCGAGCCAGAAAUUGGUGGUGACUAUUGUCGAAGCUAAAGAUAUCCCAGACAAGGACCGCAGUGGAGCAAGUACCUGGCAGGUACACACAGUCCUGAUGCCCAGCAAGAAACAGCGAGGGAAGACAAGUGUCCAGAAAGGGCCCAACCCAUUGUUCAAGGACAAAGUGACCUUCACUAAAUUGGCACCUGAAAUGCUGAGCAGCUACGCUCUCCGGUUCCGUCUCUAUUCUGUGCGCAAAAUGAUGAAGGAGAGAAUGAUGGGGGAGCAGUUGUUUUAUCUUAGCCACCUCAACCAAGAGGGGGAAAUGAAGACCACACUAGUUCUGGAACCAAGGAGCAACUUAUGUAGUGGAGGUUCCCAACUGAGUCUCUCGGCUAUCUCUCACAGUGACAGUGCUUCUUCAACCCAGUCUCUGUCCCAUGGAGGAGUUCCAGAAUUGCUAGUAGGACUAUCCUACAAUGCUACAACGGGCAGACUAUCAGUUGAGAUGAUCAAAGGCAGCCACUUCCGGAACCUUGCCAUUACCAGACCACCAGAUAGCUAUGGGAAACUCUGCCUUCUGAACUCUGUCGGUCAAGAAAUGUCUCGUUGCAAGACAUCUGUUCGACGAGGACAGCCAAAUCCUAUCUACAAAGAGACGUUUAUCUUCCAAGUUGCCUUGUUCCAGCUCUCAGACGUCACCCUGAUGAUCUCCAUUUACAAUCGCCGCAGUAUAAAGCGCAAAGAGAUGAUUGGCUGGAUUUCUAUGGGUCAGAACAGUAGUGGAGAAGAAGAGUUAAGUCAUUGGCAGGAGAUGAAGGAAUCCAAAACACAGCAAGUGUGUAGGUGGCAUAUGCUCCUGGAGUCUUAAUGGAAACCUCAGCAGUUCCAACAGGUGCAAGGCAUCCUUCUUCCCAUAUAAAGGACUAUAUCAUCGGUUUCUAUUAUAACUGGACUUCUAAUGCUCUUUCCUAAUGGAAUUAUUCUGUUAGGUUAUUGCCCUUUUAUUUUUAGUUAUAGGAAAUUGCUUGAAGUAACAGGUAGGCAAAUUGGGUUAGAACUUUAUGCUCUCCCUUCGCCCGUCAAGAAUUGAGAUUGAGUGUUCAAUAUCAUCCCAGUAUCUUCACUGGUAAUGAGAUUUGCUCUUGGUCAUGUCGCUAUAAAAAGCCAAAUUUGGUUGGGUGGGGUAUGUGCCUUUGUUAUGAGGAAAGGCUGCAAAAAUGAUCAAAAAUGAUCAUGAAAUAGUGAUCAUGAAAAUAGUAUACAGUGGUUCCUUGUUACUCAUUGUUAAUUGGUUCCGGGUGCUGCAAUAAGUACGAAAAAUGAUGACUUCCAAACAAAUUUUUCACAUAAGGAAUAAUGUAAAUAAAUGUAAUCCAUUCCCAAACCAAAGACAAUGCACAUUUUAAGGCAAUGUGUAAAAAGACAGGGUUGUAUAUCAUUAUUUUAGAAAUAAAUCUAAAAAUAAACACUUUAGAUUAAAUAAAAUAAAAACUUCACUUUACCUGUACUGAUGAGGUAGGGGGAAAGCUCAAAAAUACACAAAAUGACCACAGAAGUUAAGAUAACACUGCAAAGAGAUGUGCCUAGGACAAGAGUUAUCUCAUGAUUAACGCAUCAACCUUUGUUUCACCUGGAAAGGAUAGCGAGUCAUGAGGCAGCCAACACCGACAAGUUCUACCUUGUGCAUUGAGUACCAAACAAAUAAUGAGUUUCAAAGCAGUUGAGUACCAAGGUUCCACUGUAUUUGGUCAGUUUUGUGGAAUGGUUUCUGGCCUAACCCACUUUUUCAUCCCAGAAUCAUUCACUUACGAGUACUUGGCUCAGUCCUAAUUCUCUGACUGCAAUAAAUAAGAUGGAUUUUGAUUCCUGACAAAUAAGUCACUUAAAAUUUUCUCUUUAUAAAAAGAGACUUCCCAAAGGCUUAGUUUGAACCAUGUGCACAUAUACCAGAAUAUACCAGAUAUGUGUAUAUUAUCAUUAAUGCGACUUAAUCAUAAAAUGACAUUGAACUCGGAGUGUUCAGUGUCCUGCAUUUACUGUAUUUGGGUUUUUUCCAGAAAGAUAGCUAUAUUUCAACCUGGCUACUUGAAUGUUCCAUGACAGCAAAGAAAUAACAUGUGGAUGUGGGCUCCAUCUAUUCCUUUUAAUCUAUAAUGUUCUUUUCUCUUAGGAGCAGCCAAACACUUGUGCUUUAUAUUAAGUUCUCCAUAGGCAUGCAUGUAUUAUUACUGUUAUCACCAUGGAAGCCAUGGGUCCCCUUAGCAGUUCUAGCUCUAUGAAUGCUAAAAAAAGAAAUCAAGAGACUGGAUGCCUGCAGUAUUGAUAGCAGCUUUCUUGAAGCUGGUACCAUCCGAAUGUGCAGAACUUUAAUUGUGAUGUUCCUAACUAGGAAGACGUCUGAUUGGGAAAGGUUGAUUUUAAGAAAGUAUAGAGUUUCAGGGAUUAUUUAUAAAGAUUAUAGUGGUAAAAAGGACACCUUCCUUUGUUAGGAGACUCUGGAAUUUGCUCAGAUACCUUUUGACAAGUGAUCUCUCCUGAUAAUUGACUUCUCUGGAAAGCUUCAUAAGAGCCUCUGCAGCAUGCAAAAAAACAGAACAAAAACCCACAACAGUUUUGAGAAACACACUAUUUUAAAUAACUUGUAAAUAAACUUCAAAACCAUCUUAGAAAUGGGCCAGAGUGUAUAUUUAUAAUAUGAUGCUGGUGAUGGGGACUUCCUUAUUUAAAACCUGGCCACCAGGUUUUAAAGUAGAUUUCAGGGGUGAAAUCUAUUUACCUUCCGUACCGGUUUGGAAGUGCACAUGAUGCACACACAUUAAAAAACACAUUACUUCCUGGUUAAAACCAGGAAGUAAUGACACCCGGGCAGGUGGGCAGAGCUUUGCUCCGCCACCGCUACCGGAUUGCUGAACCACUGGCCAAGAUCGCUACCGGACCGGGUGAUCUGGCCCAAUCCGGGAGCACUUCACCCCUGCCAUGGGGGAAACAAAACCUGUUACAGAACACUAAUUCACCAUAAUACUGCCUGUCCUCCUAGGCAUCCCAUCCUACCGGACACCAUUUAGGGUCCUGCUUAUUUUAUCUUUGUCUUUUGUGGGAUCCGCUUGGCCCAUUUUCUACUGCAGGGCUUUUGCAGCUACUUAUUGUUUCUAUAUUGUGAGGAAACUUAAAGGGCCCAUUUGAAUCUCAAAGGCAUUCUAGAAAAUAAAAAUUAUGGUUGGAUAGCAUAUCUUGUCAUAUUUUCCUGAUACUUUUAUUUUAAUAUAUAUUAUAUUGUUUCCAUGUUUUAAAUAAAAUUGUUGUUCUUAAAUGUAAAAAGUCCAAUGGGACAGGGAGCCUGGGAAAUAAUAAGGAAAGUGAAGUAUUCACCUUUAGGCACCGUGUUGGGAACAACCAAAAUAGGCUGUUGACUAGAUAUAAAGCCUUCCUGUCCAAGCUCUUUUCUAAAAUUCUGAAGAUCAAAAUUGAGGAUCUUCUGCUUGGAAAGAAUAUACAGUAUACUGCAACUCAGUGAUGGCCUUUCUAGAGGAAUGGCCUUUUUAAGUUUUACAAACAUUUUACAAAGAGAUACAUCAUUUGCUGGUUUCUCUUUAACAGGAACAAAAAUUAAAACAGGUUGAUUGAAGAACUGCAGGACAGAGGAAUCUCUUUCAAAAGGCAUACUGUGGAUUAUACUUUUAUUAUCCAAAAAUUUAUAAUGCUUCUUUGCUUCAGAAUUAUUCUUUUCCUUAUAUGAAAAUGUGCAGAUUUUAUUGGCGGAAACUCAAAAAAAUCAAUGACUUCUGAGAGAAGAGAGAUCAAGUUUUCUUGAUAAUGCAGAUGAGAUCAAGAGUGCAGUACUGCAUGCUGCUCAUCUUAUUUUUCUUUUUAAAAAUCUGUUUCUUCAAUGGGAAAAAAAAAAAGCUUGCUACCCAUUCCGGAACAGGGGUCAGAGAGGACCUCUUACCAAUAUGUCUCCUUUUUCAAGCUGCAUGCCAAAAAUUUAUAGGUUGCAUUUCCUCCCCCACCUCUGGAAAUCACCAAGGGCCCGUAAACUCUGAGUAAUCUGUGAUGCACUCUGUUAAAUAGGAAAUAAUAAUGUAUCCCAAAGCAUCAAAGAAUUCAUCUUUUAACAACAGCAGAUUCAGCAUGUUAAGGCAGCUUUUCUUUCCCUGCAUUGUUCAAAAGGUUGCAUGAGAAGGUUCCUGUUUGGCAUCCAUCUCACGGAAACAGCUUGUGCAAUCCAUCUCGGAGGACCUCCUGUUUUAAUUGCCUGCCAGAUUUCACUAGAGAGAGUGCCAAAGCCAGGGUGGAUGAAGGGGGCUUCUGUUGGAACACAUGAUGAAGCCCUGCUAAUUUGUAAUGCCAAAAAGCCCACCUUUUCAUUUCAGUGAUGGAUCUGUAUAAAAGCAGAACAGGACUGCAGUGAGAUCCUUCAAAUGCAUCUCUCAAUUAUUUUGCCAUGCACGUGGAUCUAUAAUUCUUGAGGCCAUACAUGACGGCUAUGUAUCACACUAAUUGAAUUCAGCUAUAGUGAGUUGCAGGAAAGCCAACCAACUGAGAUUUAUAAACCAUCAUUUAUGGCUUUAGGGUGAACCCAGCCAAUUAUGACCUAAGAAACCAUGGACAAACACAGUGUUUGAAUGUAGCCAGUGAAAUGGCUUGGGUUUGGAGCUGCCUAGGAAGUAACUUGGCCCAGGAACAGAAAUUACUUUAAAUUUCAUUUCUAGGAAGAAACUGGGACUUAAUAAUGACAUUUGUAAGUCUUUUUUUUUUUUUUAAUUAGGAAGGCAUCUUUUGGGGUGGGUGUUUCAAAAUGAGCAAGAUGAUGAUUGUGGCAUUGCAGUGGAAGUCUCACCCUGUUUAUACUUGCAUUGGCAUUAGCAGACAUCUACCAAAUGGAUAUGAUUUGCAUUAGGACAUCUGACUUGCCCUCUUGCUCUUUUUGACCCACAGAAAGAUGAUGCUGGAUGCAGAAGAAAAUAUACUUCAUAGUAUGAAGUAAGGCAGAGAUGGAAAAUUCGGAAGAAAUUGCCAGACAGUUGAGCUAUCUAAAAGCACAGAGAAAAAACUACACACUUAAACUUCAUGGAACCACCUGACUUUGGCUAAUCUCAAAAAACUAAGCAAGAUUGACUCCAGCUACUACUUGUAUGAGAGAACAUCCCAGGAAAUUCCUGGGCUGUAGGUCAAACUAGAAGCUUUAAAAAAACAUCUAGGAAGAAGGGGUUGGCAAACUGAUUUUGGUUUUUGCCAAAAAUGCUGAUUCCUCCCACAAAACGUCUUCAGUCUCAAUUUAAGCACUAUAGAGAUCUAAAAGGAUGAACAAUCUUUUUUUUAAUGCUUCCACUCAGUUGGAUAAACUCUCAAGACUUAAAAGAUUUUUUCAAAUGAGUUUUGAGCAAAAAAAAUUUAAAUAAAUAAAAAUUAAAGGCAGGCAGAGUUAGCACACCAUGAAGGUCUUAGGAGAUUUCCAGAAUUGCAAACUAUAUUAAACAUAGUACUUUGAGCUUAAUUCUGAGACUGCAUACCACCUACAGUGAACAGCAGAAAAAUAGUUAAUGGUCUUCUCAGAGAACCAGCAUGCUAUCUUGCCAUGCUAUUCUUCCUCUAGAGAAAGAUUUGCCAAGCAGUUAUCUUUCAGCCUGCCUUACAGGUAGUCCUUGACUUAAAACUGUUUGUUUAGUGACCAUUCAAAGUUACAAUGGCACUGAAAAAUGUGACGUAUGACUGUUUUUCAUAGUUAUGACCAGGGGUGAAAUCCAGCAGGUUCUGACAGGUUCUGGAGAAAUUUUGAGUAGUUCGGAGAACCGGCAAAUACCACUCUGGCUGGCCCCAGAAUGGGGUGGAAAUGGAGCUUUUGCAAUAUCCUUUCCCCAGAAGUGGGGAGGGAAUGGGGAUUUUGCACUAUCCUUCCCCUGAAGUGGGAUGGGAACGGAGAUUUUGCAGUAUCCUUCCCCUGCCACACCCACCAAGCCACACCACACCACCAAGCCACGCUCACAGAAGAGGUAGUAAAAAAAUUUGGAUUUCACCACUGGUUAUGACCUUUGUGGCAUCCCCAUGAUCAGGUGAUCAAAAUUCAGAUGCUUGGCAACUGGUUCAUAUUUAUGGCCUUUGCUGUGUCCCAAGGGGAAUCAUGUGAUUCCCCUUUUGCCAUCUUCUGAGAAGCAGAAUCAAUGGGAAAAUCCCAUCCUCUUAGCAACCGGGUUCCUAACUCAUCAACUGCAGUGAUUCGCUUGGCAACUGUGGCAAGAAAGGUCGUAAAAUGGGGCAAAACUCACUCAACAAAUGUCUCACUUAACAGCAGAAGUUUUGAGCUCAAUUGCAGUCAUAAGUCAAGGACUACCUGUAUUUUGUGUGUUUCCAAGGAACUGUCAUCCUUGGUUCCCAGAUUGAGUUCUUAUAAUCUAAGAGUAAGAGACUUUGUUCUGCUAGAAUCUUUUAAUACAGAAAACGUGACCACCCCAAAACCAGAUAUUGAGCUCAUCUGUGCCUCAAUUCUGCAGCUCCUUAUAAACCCCUUUGCUGCUGCUUAGAGCAGCAGUUCUUUACAUGCUUACUUAGGAGUAAGCCCCAAUUUUUCAACUCCUUACCAUCUUUUUCUGAGAACACCUGCAUAAGAUUUGCUGUACAUCUGCUUCUGCCAUUGGUCUGAAUAGAGGCGUUCUUUAGGUUAUCAUAAUUCAUGUCUGUGCCAAAAAGGCUUUACAUUUCAUUCUCUUUUUCAAGAACAAAAUAUAUAGAACAUUUUGAAAACAAAUCUCCCCAAAUACUGGGUAUUCUGUCUAUAUAUACGCUAUGGAGGAUACAAUGGCAUAUUGAAGGUUGAAGUAUGUUAAAUAAAUAUUGGAUCCCAUGCAAGUCUACAUAUGGUGCUCCCUCAAUUCAGGUAGAAUGAGUGUAAAGGGAUGUUGAAUGUUUUGCAAAGGCUGUUGCUCAGAUAUCCUUCCUGUUUCUGUUGAUCCCUGUGCAGAGUGGUCUCAGUAGAUCAUAUAUAGAUACAACCUCUUCUCAUUCAAGUUUUUUUUAAAGACUUGCUAAAGCACAGUAGAGUUGAGCAGUGGAUUGGUAAGAAUAGAAGCCUCGGUUAUUAAAAGAUCAUUUCUUUAGGAUUAAAAAAGCACAGUUUAUAGGCAAUAUCUGCAUUUGAAAAACAAACAAAACACACCUGUGUUCUGGCGUAUACAACUAACCUUGAUUAAAUGUUAUAUUACUUUUUAUUGACAAAACUAAAUGUACAUUUGAUGUUUUUUGAUUUUUUUUGCUUUGUGAAAGAUGUAUCGAAAUGUGCAAGAUUAAACUUACAACGUUUCCGUUAA